GUAUCAUUGGUGAUUUCACAAACUAUAAUAAUUAAGCUCUUAUUCAAGCCCUAUCAUCAUGACUCUCUACAUGGAGUUCCAACAAAUAGUACCCUCUUUCGAAGUCCUUCUCUUUUCAGUUUUUAUGUUUAUUGUGGUGAGCAUACUCUUGAAGAGAGCUCAAACAACAAGCAAUAACUCAGCUUCAAAACUACCCCCAGGUCCAUGGAGACUACCCUUUCUGGGAAACUUGCACCAACUUUUGGGCCCUUUUCCUCAUCACACACUCAGAGACUUAGCCCAAAAACAUGGACCAUUCAUGUACCUCAAAAUAGGACAAGUUCCAACCAUAGUAGUUUCAUCACCCGAGUAUGCGAAAGAAGUCAUGAAAACCCAUGAUAUUUCUUUUGCAUCAAGACCCAAAACUCUUGUUGCAAAAACAGUGUCAUAUGAUUCUACUGACAUUUCAUUUGCUCCAUAUGGAGAGUAUUGGAGAGAGCUUAGAAAGAUUUGCUUACAAGAGCUUCUAAGCCCAUCUAGGGUUAAAACUUUUUAUCCCAUUAGAGAAGAGGAGGCCUUUAAUAUUGUAAAAGAUAUAGCUUCAAAAGUUGGCUCACCUAUCAAUCUUAGUAAAAUGACCAGAAGAUUGUCUUAUAGCAUCACAUCUAGGGCUGCCUUUGGCAACAAAAGCAACGAUCAUGAUGAAUUCAUAUCAAUUAUGGAGGAAAUUGUUAAAUUGUCUGGAGGGUUUGCGUUUGGAGAUGUGUUUCCAUCUUUGAGCUUUCUUGAUUGGUAUAAUUUUAGUAAAUUUAAUCAUUAUAAACUAAGGGCAGCAAUAAUAGUGGAAAGAAUCAUCAAGUUACAUACAGAUCAAGACAAGGAGAUCAAGUCAUCAACAAAGAAAAGUGGAGAAGAGGAAGACUUGGUUGAUGUUCUUUUGAAGUUUCAUAAGAGUGAAGAUCAUCAUAAGUUCACAUUAACUAGGGACAAUCUUAAAGCCAUCAUUUUCAACAUAUUUGGAGCGGGGAGUGACACAUCAGCAACAACUAUAGACUGGGCUAUGGCAGAAAUGAUGAGAAAUCCAAGAGUGAUGAAAAAAGCUCAAGAUGAGGUUAGACAAGUCUUUGACGAAAAAGGAUUAGUCGAUGAAUCUUCAAUCAAUGAGAUGAAAUACUUAAAAUCAGUUGUUAAAGAAACUCUAAGGUUGCAUCCUCCAGUUGCCAUGUUAAUUCCAAGAGAAAGUAGAGAAAAGUGUGAGAUUAAUGGUUAUGAAAUACCUACAAAAACUCGUAUAAUUGUAAAUGCAUGGGCAAUAGGAAGAGAUUCUAAACAUUGGAUUGAACCUGAGAGUUUUGUGCCAGAGAGAUUUGUUGAUAGCUCUAUUGAUUUCAAGGGAAAUAAUUUUGAGUAUAUCCCAUUUGGUUCCGGAAGGAGAAUAUGUCCCGGUAUAUCAUUUGGUCUCAUCAAUGUUGAGCUUCCUCUAGCAUUUUUGCUAUACCAUUUUGAUUGGAACCUCCCCAAUGGAUUGAAAAAUGAACAGUUGGACAUGACAGAGAGAUUUGGUAUUACAAUCUGUAGAAAAAAGGAUUUGUACGUAAUUCCUUCCAAGUAUGAUCCACCUUCUAUGGUCAUAGCACAUAAGAUAUAAAGUAAAGUAAUCUGCCAUAGGUUGCUUUCUCUUCUUUUUUAUUGUGGUUGAACUAUGUUACUUACACUUUUACAUGUCUACUGAAAUAAACCAAAAAGCAUAUUGGAGAUCUAGUAACUUUGUAAUAUUAAGUAAAUUUGUAUUAGCUGAAAUAAUUAUAUCAAUAAAUUAUUUACUGAAUAGAAGUAAUAUUACAUACUAUUUUUUCAAGAUAGUUAGGCCUUGUGUACUUAUCAGUAUAUAUUGUAAGCUCUCUUACAAACUUAAUAAUAAGACAAUCUCUUGUUCAA